GGAACUGAUUUGGUGUCAUUGUGUGACAAAUUGUAAAUAGUCAUUUGAUUCCAUUAUUGUAAUAUGAGAGGGGGUGUGUGAGAGUAGAGGGAGAACAGCGCGUGAAGAACACGAGACAAGACAAGCGAGGAGAGAGAGAUAAGUGAACACUUUUUAUACUUUUACUACUUGAUUACAGAAGGAUAAAUAUCAAUCAAAACCUGAGAUUUAAGUGUAUAGGCAAGUUCCGUACAUUAGUGGUGCCGUGACCAGGAUUAAGAGGAAAACUAGGAUACGAACCAAGAGACAAACAACAUUCCUUCGGGAUAACUCAAACAUGGGUGAUCCGGAACCGAGAGAAAGUGUCGAUACAGACCCAGAACUCGAACUUAACAAUAGGAUCGACAAAGAAAUCGAGAAAUUGACAUUCUAUUUAGAAGACACUGAUGAAAUGAUAAACUCGUGUGAUUUUGAAAAGAUGAAAAUGACUAGCGAGCGUACAAGCCAAAUUAAUGCGCGAUUAAACAGCUUGAUUCUUGAAUUACAAGAACUAAAAUUAGAUCUUGGGAAAUAUACCGCGCGAGCUAUAAGGCAAUGGAAGAAAGAUACAAAGGAUAGAUAUUCCAUGCUAUUAGACAACAGAGACAGGAUGGUAAGGCGCCUAGAGGAGGAAAACAAGAGAGAAAUUCAGAUAGCUGAGGCCGAGAAAUAUAAGUUGAAAUUCGAGCAGGAAGAAAGAUUACAUAGAGAAGUCCAGCAGCGUGAGAAAGAGCUAUGGGAGGAGAGGCUCCAAGCCGAAAUUAGAGUUGCAGAAAAGAAGCUAGAAAUAGAAAGCGCCGCAAAGGCCAGUGGUUCGAAAUUGCCCGAGUUAAAAAUAACACCUUUCAAAGGCACCGCUGAAGACUGGAUAAGAUUCGAAAAUAUGUUUAUUUCCCAAGUUGACAAUAAAAAGAUCUCAGCUGAGGAGAAGUUUGGCUAUUUAUUAGAGCUAGUUGAGCCUAGGGUGCGCGAUCACCUUUCAAAUCUCAAACCAGGAGAAGUGGGUUACAAAAUAGCAUGGGAGCGUCUGAGGGAGGAAUACGGGCAAACGAAAACCGUUGUGGCCGCACACGUCGACCAAAUAUUAAACCUACCCAUACUUAAGAGUGGGGGACAUGCAAAGGUACGCGAAUUUUACGAAACACUAAGCAAAAGUCAUGAUGCAUUGGAAACCCUAGGGGAAGGGAAUAUGCUUCGGGGUCUUGCCCUGUCCACCCUCAAUAAGUUGCAAAAAAUCCGAGCAGACCUGGUACGAACCGACGAAGGGUGGGAGUCAUGGGAAAUGGGAGAUGUCAUCAAAGCCCUACAGAAGUGGCUAAAAAGGAAUAAACCAGCUGAAGAAAGUGAAAGGGAACCGGGAGAUAAGAGGAAGGAGCGACAUUAUUUUAAUCAAAAGGGCGUAUCGCCCCAAACCCCGAAGGGACGGUGUAUAUUUGGGUGUCAAGAAGCUCAUUGGGGGGACCUCUGUCCGAUCUAUGAUACACUCGAGAAACGCCGCAAGUUCUUCUCAGAGAAUCGCCUAUGUUUCAAUUGCGGUCGGACUGGACAUAGAGAGAACAAAUGUAAUGGGAGGGGCUGUUAUAAGUGUAAGGCUAGGCACCACACAAGCCUGUGCCAUGAUAAACAACACAACGCAAUGUUAAGUGGCUUCACGCCAACGAGUGACGAAAAAACUUUGCCAGCGAUUAUCCCAGUGGUAAUAAAAGGACAGACAUUUUGGGCGUACCUCGAUACGGGGUCUGGGAGAAACUUUGUUUCGAGGGAGGUGAUCAGAAAGCUAAAUCUUAGAUCUGUACGACACGAGUCACGCCACAUAGUGACAGUAAAUGGAGUUAAAAAACAAUCGAUGCCCGUAUUUGAGAUUGAAAUGAAUUCCGUCGACGGAAAAGCCCGCGAAAACCUAGAAGUCACUGGAAGUCAAAUGGUUGAUUUUACCACCAUCAAGAGGCCGACCAUAGCAGAGCUAAAGGCCAAACAUGCCCACAUGAGAGACAAAUCGUUCUACCGAACCGCAAGUGAAGAGUACCCGAUCCACGUGAUUUUAUCAGAUGCAUUUUACUGUAAAAUACGAACCGAGCAGAUAAUCAAGGGUCAGCCAGACGAUCCAGUGGUAGAAGGAACGACGUUUGGCUGGGUCGUCCACGGAGGGAAGGAGUACGCCGAUGGAAGGUGUAUGUUUGUGCGCGAAACAAACGACUAUGAGAGGCUAUACGCGCUAGAUGUGCUCGGCAUCGAAGACAGGAGCGAAACUGACCAAUCAGACGUGUACAGCGAGUUCCGCGAAAACAUCUCAAGAACAGAUGACGGAAGGUACGAAGUAAGCGUGCCGUGGGUGCCUGGAGCUAAGCUGGAGAACACGAAUGAAGAGCCUAGUAGGAAGCGUUUACGAAAUGUUGAAAGGAAGCUAAGAAAUGACGUGGAACUACGGGAAGCCUAUGAGAAGAUUGUCCGCGACCAGCUACACGAGGGAAUAAUCGAGACCGUUAUAGACAAAUCGCGUGGUGACCGAAUCUUCUAUAUGCCACACAAGCCAGUGGUUAGAGCCAACGCCCAAACGACAAAGGUACGAAUGGUAUUCGACGCCAGCUGCAAGCCACACCCACUAGCUAAUAGUGUCAAUGAAUGCAUGCACACCGGUCCACCUCUUCAACCACUAAUGUGGGACAUCAUGAUACGAGCGCGCAUGGCCCCACACCUGAUCCUCGGUGACCUGGAGAAAGCAUUUUUACAGAUUGCAAUUAAGGAAGAAGAUAGAGACGCCUUCAGGUUCCUCUUCAACAUAAACGACAAGGAGGAACACUUCCGGUUCGCCCGUGUACCCUUCGACGCAGAAGCGAGUCCAUUCAUGUUAGGAGCCACCAUUCACCAUCAUCUUGACCGCCAACCCACCGAGCUAACGAACACAGUCAAUGCACUCCGGGAGAACACAUACGUCGACAACUUGAUGCAGACCGGAAAUGACGUAGACGAAUUAAAAGAGUUCAGAGAAGAGGCGACUAGAAUAUUUGAGUCAGCUAAGUUCCCCGCACACAAGUGGGAGUCAGAUUUGCAAGAGUUGGACACUGAACCAAACCCCAGCAAGAUACUCGGACACGUCUGGGAUAAGCGGGAAGAUAUCCUUGAGAUACAGGCCGAUGUAAGUGCACAAGAGAAGGAUCCCGUGACGAAACGCGCCAUACUGAGCAAGCUUAGUGGAGUCUACGAUCCCUUAGGAAUUAUUUCGCCGACAACUGUUGAAGGCAAGCGGAUUUACCGCGACGCGUGCGAAGAAAAAAGGGGCUGGAACGACGAAGUCAGUGAAAGUACCAAGAAAGCCUGGUUUAAGUGGACAGGCCAACUACGAAACGUCAAGAUCCCAAGAAGCCUCGUGAGGGACCUUCGGAGAGUGAAAACAAUUCAUCUACAUGUCUUCGCUGAUGCCAGCAACGUAGCGUGUUCAGCUGUGAUGAUAGCAAUUGUCGAGGACACCACGGGAGUAGUAAAGGGGCUGCUUACAUCUAAAUCGAGAAUAUCCAAGCGCAACACCUCGAUUCCCCGUCUUGAGUUAGUGAGUGGUCACAUGGCGGCAAAUAUGGUCAAGAACGUGUGUGCUGCGCUCAAACGAUGGCCAAUUACUUCCGUUACAGUUUGGAUGGACAGCCUAGUGGCGCUCUACUGGAUUUGCAACCCAGGAAGACAGUGGAAGACCUUCGUGUCAAAUAGAGUAAGGAAAAUUGCUGAAAUCACAAAUGAAACACCAAUCACUUGGAAGCACUGUCCGACAGAGAGGAAUAUAGCAGAUCUCGGUAGUCGUGGAGCAACAAUUGAGAAGAUGGAAAGAGGAGAAUGGUUCGCAGGACCAGACUGGUUACUUAAGGAAGAAGAAUGGCCGGAGCAACCACAACUUCAAACAACUAAGGCCGUCAAAGAAGAACACAAACCUGUUGAAUCAAGUAUGUUAGUUUUGAAACGAAAACCCGAUGAGUGGGAUGAUCUAUUACAACGGAACAGUUACUGGAAGACACUGCGUGUAACUGCAUGGGCCCAGCGAUUUAGGGCCAACGCCCUUGCGAAAAUGAGAAAAGAGAACAAACGCAAAGGACCGCCAACAACGGACGACAUCGCACAAGCAGAGGUUUGCUGGGUGAAGAGAGUCCAGAAAUACGUACAGCCAGACCUACAAAGCCCUGGAUGGGAAGUUAUAAAGGACGAGCAGAGGGGAGUCUUGAAGUGCAAAGGGAGAAUCUCCGGUUAUGAGCCAAUCUACGUGGAUGACAGAGCAUUCGUAGACAAACUCGUUCAACACGUUCACCAUCAAGUAAGUCAUCUUGGCGUUGCAAACACGAUGUCCGAGAUUAGAGAGAAAUGGUGGAUUCCAAAACUGAGGUCAAGAGUGAAAAAGGUGAUUAAUGAAUGCAAUCUGUGUAAAGUGUUCAGAGCCAAGCCUUACGGUCCGAGCCCAACGGCUGAUUUACCGAGUUUCCGCGUAGAAGGUGGGAGACCAUUUGAGACAGUUGGAGUAGACUUCGCUGGACCGCUCGAUUACAAACUAGCGAAAAAUGGAAAGGGGAAGUGCUAUAUCAUCAUAUUCACGUGCGCGUGGUCGAGAGCAGUACAUCUCGAAGUGACGAAAUCUCAAACAGCGGAGGAGUUUCAAAGGGAGUUGAACGCAUUCAUCACCCGCCGCACUAGGCCUGUGCGCAUCGUAUCAGACAACGCGUCAGUAUUCAAGGCAACAGCGACUUGGAUUAAGAAGAUCCGGAAAAGUGAAGUAUUGUAAGAUUAUCUCGCAAAGCAAGGUAUAAGGUGGCAAUUCAAUUUGUCGAGAUCGCCAUGGUGGGGAGGGAUGUAUGAGCGGCUAAUUCGAGAAAUAAAGAAGACCCUCUACAAGACUAUGGGGAGGUCAAGUCUGCAUUACGAACAGAUGGAGGAAGUUGUCGUCGACAUCGAGCGACAUCUAAAUAAUCGACCACUCACGUACGUAGAAAGUGACAACGGAGAAGACCACGUCCUCACCCCAAACAUCAUCAUGUGGGGGCAGGAUUCUCACAUUCUUGAAGAUAUCGAGGUUGACGAAAACGAAGUUAGCAAGCUGCAUGCGCGACUAAUGAUGAAACGAGAGCAAGUUUGGCAGCGUUGGAGACGAGAAUACAUCCACAGCUUGAUGGAGAGUCACCGCGUUAAGAGGGGAGGUAACAUCACUCCUGACAUAGGAGAAGUCGUUCUUCUAGUUGGAGAAAGCAAAAACCGAGGCGAGUGGACGAAAGGAAAAGUAGUUGAUCACGUGCGCGGCAGAGACGGCAUUGUGCGGAGCGUGUCUCUGCUUUAUAAGGGCCAUAUCAUUCAAAGGCCACUAACCCUCGUCUGCUCUCUAGAAAUUAGAGCUGCGAGCAAGCAGAUACCAGAGCGUGCGCCACCUGCAGCAUCGGAGGUCAUCGUGAGGCCGACUCGAGGAGCAGCACGAGAUGCGCGCGAAAAAGUUCGCGUCCUACUCGAAGAUGACGAGUGAACUCGGUGACAACACAGCAAGAAGACUACGUUGUAAAAGCGGAAAGUCAACGAUGUAAAUAAUACGGGACUUAUUCUACAAACUCUAUACAGAAAGAGACUUUAAAGAGACUCUUAUUGUUUUGUCUAUAAAAUUAAUUCAAGGAUCAUCAAUUUUAGGGGAGAGUGACCGGAACUGAUUUGGUGUCAUUGUGUGACAAAUUGUAAAUAGUCAUUUGAUUCCAUUAUUGUAAUAUGAGAGGGGGUGUGUGAGAGUAGAGGGAGAACAGCGCGUGAAGAACACGAGACAAGACAAGCGAGGAGAGAGAGAUAAGUGAACACUUUUUAUACUUUUACUACUUGAUUACA